UUUUUUUAGAGAAAAUGAAGUUUACAAAAUUCUUUAACUUUUAAUCUCGCGCAGUUCAUAGGAGCAUCAAGAGACCUAUAUUACAUGCUUUCAGAAUAUCUUCCCGGAGGCACACUCAAGUCAUACUUAAAAAGAAAUUCUAGGACAAAACUUUCUCUAAAUAUAGUUAUCAUGUUAGCGUUGGAUUUGGCAAAAGGGUUAUCAUUUCUUCACUCGAAAAUGAUUGUGCACGGCGAUGUGAAGACUGAAAACAUGCUUCUCGAUGAGAAAGGUCACUUAAAGAUUGCAGACUUUGGAGUAGCUCGCCUUGUCUCUUUGGUACAAGGGAAAAUGAUAGGACAGACUGGAACACUAGGCUAUAUGGCUCCUGAGGUAAAUGCAAAACUAGUGAUAGGAAAACCUUACGACACCAAAGGUGAUGUGUAUAGCUUUGGAAUUUGCUUGUGGGAAAUAUAUUGUUGCGAGAUGCCAUUUUCACCUUCAAAGUUUAGUAAGGUACGUAACUUUUAAUAUUGUUAAUCAGUCAUUAGGCACAAAUUGAGACGUGCUAUUCCCAAGUGUUGCCCGAAGUCAUUAGCUAAAAUCAUGAAAAGAUGUUGGUCGUCAAACCCGAUGAAGAGGCCAGAGAUGAAAGAUGUAGUUUCCAGUUUGGAAUGUAUAGACACGUUUAAAGGGUACAGUAUGAGAUAUACUGAUCAAGCUCAUUGCUCGUGCUUCUUUCCACAAGUCUACUGA